UUUUGUGACUGAUGCCAUUCCUUCUCACUAGUGUUCUCGAAGUUUCCAGGUUGGUACCAUUGCAGUGUUUUUUCGCACCUUCCCAUUCAGAUUUUGACGAUUCCGUUGCUGCGUUCCGCUGACGCGAUUCCGACUCAGUAAACAGAGUCGACUCGUGUUAACUUGGGGAGUUUCAAAGAGGAACAGAGCAGAGGCUCAAGUGCACCCCGGCGCUUCCAGAAGAUGUCACUGUAUAUUGGUAAUCUGUCAGGACAUGCUCGAAGAGAUGAACUCGAGCGUGUUUUUCGUAGAUUUGGACAUUGUAAUGUUCAGCUGAAAGGAGAAGGCUAUGGCUUUGUAGUAUUUGACUUCCCUCCGGAUGCUGAAAAAGCUUUGAGAGCACUGAAAGGUAGAAAUAUAUGUGGGGAACCGCUGACUCUAACAUGGUCCAAUAAACAGCCCAAUACACAAUUUCCGAGAUUUGCUAGGGGUGAUAGAAGAAGUACAUAUGAGUUGCACCAUGCAAGGAAUUCUGAGAGAUUAGGCCAUGCAAGAAGGAAAGCGGGUUUCAAUGGAUGGAGGAAUCACAAGAUGGGUAAUGUUGAACGGGGUAAAUCUGUUGAAGUGCCUGGUGAAGAGAGGAGAUAUCAUCGAGAUGAUUUUAAAAAUUAUGUUGGGGAAGAAAAAGAUUACAGGGGAGACUUUCCAGAUGAAGGUGGUGGAGUUGUUCCUAACAUGGAGGACUACGGCAGAUGGGGUGAGCCAAUUAAUGACCCAUCAAUUGACAAUGGGAAUAAAAAUGUUGUAGAAUUUGAUCGUUAUGAACCUUAUCAUGGCCAUGGCAGGAAGCAGGACAAUGAAGAUUAUCAUGUAGGUUACUCAGGUGGUUCUCCUGCAGCAAAUUCCCAACAGAACAUGGACAGAGCACAGAUUGGCGAGGAAACCUCAAAUCGUCCAAAUGUCUCUAAAUUCCGUCAAGGUUGUUAUAGAUGUGGUGAUUUAGGUCAUAAAAUGCGAAAUUGUCCGAAAGAACAUUCUUCCCAGAGAAAAUAUAAUAGGUUGGGUGUUGGGCAGAAUAAUAAAAUAGACGAAAAUCAUAGAGUUGAGGAUGAGAAUAAAUUUGGAUGUGUUUCUUGGGUGAAGCAGCGGUCAAGUGGGGAUGCUUUAUCAAAGAGGCCUCAGAGAGAUGAGCGGAGGGUGUCUGGUUCGCAACAAUACCAUGAUCCAUCGAGGAAUGAGUCAUCCUCUAGAACAAAGGAAACUGAUAGGUAUAAAAGAAAAGAGUAUGGAGGGAAGAAGCAAAGCAGAAAUGAAAUAGAAUCACCUAAAAGAUCCAGGGCAAAGAUAUCAAGGCGGUUGGUCUCAUCCUCUUUGCCUUCAAAUUACUCUGCAUCUCCUCCCUCACUCUCAAAUUCUCAAUCAUCCAAGUCAUUGCCUAGGUCUAGUUCCCAUUCUAGAUCAAGAUCAGUGCCUUCUAGAGGUCAUUCUUCAUCUUCAAAGUUAAGGUCUUCCUCAAAAUCUCAGUAUUGUAGAGGCAAAAGUUUAACUUCUAGGAGAUCAAGCUCCCCUACAUCUUUGUCUGUAUCACUCAAUCAGUCUUUACCGUCAUCUCCAAAUAAAAUCCAGUUGAAUUCAAAAAGCUCAUCCAUUAAUGAUACUGCUCUUGAAUAUGAGGAUCAUUUGAUUGCACAGGGACAACAGACUGGUGGUACAAUGGAAUGGGAGAAUCUUCAAUCCAAGGAGACAGGUAUUGCUGUAAAUGGAAAAGCUGCAGUAUACGCCUCAGCGGUGGAUGCCAUGGAAAAGGACCAAUAUGUACAGGAGGAGAAUACUGAAAAUCAUUUUCUUGUAGACCCAUCUAAUGGAGCAACAGAUAUAACUCAACCACUUGUUGCUGGGAAUUUGCCUCCGAGGAUAGUGAAGGAGACAGAGGGCUUUGGGCAUUCUGGAACACUGAUGAUGGAUGAUAUUCCAAAAGAAAUUCAGAAGCCAGCUUCUGAAACUCAUGUCAAUCCCGGUUCUGGCCUUUCAACAAUCAUGUCCACAGAGGAAAUGUGCAUGGUUCUCAAUAACUAUGGCCUGGAACUGCCAAAAGAUGAUGAAAAAAAUUUAACAAUGGAUGCCUUCUUUGGUUCUGCUCGCUUGUGGCCUUGGCAUAUUGUUUAUUACCGUCGGUUGAAGAAGGGCCCAAUUUCAACUGAGAACUAUGCUAGGCGGGUUGCUCAGAAUCAGGAAUUUGGCAUUGUUGAUAAGUAUGUAAGAAGCAGUAGUGGAUGGGGAGAAUUCAGUCUUGAGAAAUCGUAAUAGUUUAUACUGCUAUAAAUGAUGCACUGUUGGUAGAUUUAACCUCAUAGGAGCUCUUUAUCUAUGAUAUUUCUUCUUUUACACAUGGCUCUCAAUGGAAUUCAGAUGUGAUUAUUCGAUAAUGAUUUUCUAAGAAGUUUGCCCAGGGUUAUGCAGGAGAGAGGAAUUAUGAAAGAAAGGAUUUAGUUCUUCACUCAAUAAUGUGCAGAUAAGAAGUCGUGGAUGGGCCUUUUUGACAUUUGCUAGAACCAGAUUCUUGAACUCUUUCUUGUUUGUUAAUUCGUUGAAUUUGAAACGUUCUGACUUUUUGAGCCAGUAGAAUCUUCAACUCCCUCCUUUAAGUGACCGACAAUGGAUUUAGAUCUUCUCUCCUCUCUCACAGGAGAGAGGUAAACGUAAUUUUCAUGUGCAGGGACCUAGCAUGAUGGCUUAUGGGUUACAUUAAUUAUAUUGAAAACUGUGUCUUUAUUUUUCUAAUAAGGCUCCCCUACGAACAUUAAGAGAUAGUCCAGAUCCAUUGAAAAUUUGUUAGUUUUCUCACCUUGAAGAAUCAAAAUUUGACGCAAAUACACAGGAAAAGGGCCGAGGUGUAAAUAUCCAACUACUUGUUGCUGAUUUAAAACAAAUACAUAAGCUGAACAUCGGUAGAAUGCUUUUGUAAGGGUUUCUAAAGAGUUUGAUUGGGCUAUUCUGAGUAGCUCACCGAGGUUUCAAAUUGAGUCAGUGUCUAAGUGGAUACUACGUAACAUCUCUGAUAGGUACUUCGACCAAAAUAUGAUUUUUGUAUGUAGGGGUUUUUGUUUUCAUACGAGGCUGCAAAUUAUAUGUAUUCAAAAUUAUCUAUUUGGUGAGGAAUAAAAUUAUUUUCCAUCAGAACAGUGUCGAAGAUGGUAACAUAUCUUGAACGAUCACCUGAGUGAUUUUGUGCUGUUUAACAUAAGCAUUUAAUGUAUAAGCUUCCAUAUGUAAUAUAUCUCCCUUGAAAUUUAGACUCAACCUGUUUUCAUCCUUGAUAAAUAUGCUG